AUGGGAGACACUCCACUGGCCUCGUUGUCUUUGACUCAUGUCCAUUACAACCCCGAUGACCAACUCUCCUUAGCUUCAGCUUGGUUGGCCCUGAUUCCCCAGGCACUAUGUGUCUCCUACGCAACCUUGAUCUGGUCAACCAGAGAAGUUGAAGUUAUCUUGAUGUUUGGCGGGCAGAUGGCCUGUGAGGGCCUGAACUUUGUCCUCAAACGGAUCAUCAAGGAAGAGCGACCGAAGGAGAUGUUUGGGAAAGGCUAUGGGAUGCCCUCCUCCCACGCCCAAUUCAUGACCUUCUUCUCCGUCUACCUCACCUUCUUCCUCCUUUUCCGUCACAGCAAAGCUUCCGCCAGCUCCUACCCCAACGCCGCCGUCCUCCUUCGAUUCUUGGUUAUGCUGGCUCUAUGCCUGGGAGCUGCCGCUGUUGCCGCCAGCCGUAUCUAUCUCAACUACCACACCCCAAGACAGGUCCUUGCGGGCUGUGCCGCUGGAUUCACGUGUGCCUGUGUUUGGUUCUUUAUCACUAGCCUGCUCCGACGCACCGGGUGGAUUGAAUGGGGUCUUGAAAUGACCAUUUCCCGCCUGGUGAGAGUUCGUGACCUAGUGGUAAGUGAAGACCUGGCCGAGGCCGGCUGGCAACGUUGGGAGGCCCAGAGGCUGAAGCUUCGUGGCAGUAAGAAGGGAAAGAAGUCGGUGUAA